ACCUCGCAGAAGUGUCCCAAAAAUCACGUCCCAAAUUGACGUAAUUCGGCAAUGAAAAAAAUCGAGCACCGUUCCUGGAGUGUUUGAGAUUUUUUUGUGAUUUUCUGGCUUAAAUUUCCGUGAAAUUGUUCCCAAAACACUGGCACUUCCUGUAGGCGGGUGCAAAGAACUAGUCGAAGAUGGUGGACAAAUUUAUAAGCAUGUGGAAAGUGCGAGAACUCGCAGAUAAAGUGACAAAUGUCGUGAUGAACUACACGGAAAUUGAGGGGAAAGUGCGUGAGGCAACAAAUGAUGAGCCAUGGGGUCCAACGGGACCCCUCAUGCAGGAACUGGCUCAUGCCACAUUCACCUACGAACACUUUCCGGAGGUGAUGUCAAUGCUGUGGAAGCGUAUGUUGCAGGACAAUAAACAAAAUUGGCGGAGAACGUACAAGAGUCUCCUGCUGCUCAACUAUCUCGUACGAAAUGGAUCGGAGCGCGUGGUAACGUCCGCCCGGGAGCACAUCUAUGAUUUACGAUCACUGGAGAAUUACUCAUUUAUGGAUGAGAAUGGCAAGGAUCAGGGAAUAAAUGUGCGGCACAAGGUUCGUGAGCUCAUUGAUUUCAUCCAGGAUGACGACAAAGUGCGCGAUGAGCGGAAGAAGGCAAAGAAGAACAAGGAUAAGUACAUUGGGAUGAGCUCCGAUGCAAUGGGUGGACGCUUCGGCGGUGGCUACAGUGAUCGCUACAAUGAUUCGCGAUACGAUGAUAGAAAUUGGUACUCAGAAGGCACAAGGCGAGACAGUGGGAAUAACUAUGAAGAUGAUUAUCCCUAUGAUGGUGAGAAGGAGGAUUCUGAUCAUGAAACAGGACACAACUCAGCAAAACGGUACUACGACAAAGAACGCAGCAGCCCGUCACGCACGACCCCAACUCUGUCGGCAUCGAGUUCCAUUAGUAUUGAAGUGAAGAAGCAAUCAAAUCCCGUUUCUGUGAAAUCACCCACAAAGCAACAACAACCAGCGGCAAAGCCAAGCAAAAAGAUUGAUAUGGGUGCGGCGGCGAAUUUUGGCAAGAACCCCGAAUUGGGAAUUAAUUCACCCACACACAAGUCCACACACGACGAGGAUCUCUUCUCGCCGAACAACAACACCGUUGCAGCUGCUGCGAAGAAUAAUGAUUUGCUGGAGGAUCUCUUUAGGACGUGUCCUGUGGCACAGAGUAAAGGUGGAAGUGGGGGUGAUAGUUUAACUGGGGCUGAGGAUGAUUUUAAUCCUCGUGGGGAGGACAAUCAGGAAUUUGGGGAUUUUGCAAGUGCAUUUGGGAGUGAAAGUGCACAACCUCCAUCGGCGGCGGCGGCGGCAAAGAAGGAAGAUGAAUUUGCGGACUUUUCAGCAGCAUUCCUCGGAGCUGGACCUCCGCCGGGUGCUGCAGCGCCAACCAAUGCAAAUAAUCUCCUUCUCACAACAACUCCGCUGACUUCCAACAAUUUUGUCCCAUCGCCCACAAUGAAUAUGUUUGGUAGUGCAAUGCCAGCACCAGCAGCUGCACCACCAUCUCAGGACCUCCUGUCUGAUUUUAGUGGACUUCAAUUGAAUACAUCACCACUUAAUGCUCCUGAUGUUGGUGGAAAAUCAAAUGGAGGAAGGGCAGAAUGGCGGAAGGAAUUUGAGGAGAAUAUGCGGAAAUUGAUACAAAAACUGGAGACUUUGGAGAGGGUGUCGUGUGAGAGGGAAGAAGUGGAGAUAACAACGUUGCUGAGGAGGAUUUUGGAUGAAAUUCCAUGUGGGGGAAAUAUUCAGGAUUUAUGGGAGGAAGAAGAUGGGAUUUAUUGGAGGAUUUUUGCUCAGGAUGAUUAUUCAAAUUUACUCGAGGGGCUCUUUAGGGUUUUUCAAAGAAACUUCAAUGAGACCAUCAAGGGGGCUUUCUUGCUGCACCUCAAUGCAAAUUUCGUCAUGGAAAUGCUGGAAGUUUUGCUGAAAGGAGAAACAUUGAGAAUUAAUUCGAAUUCUGUGGGAAAUAUUUUGGGCAGUAUGAUGGAAGAUGAGGAGAUUCUCUGGAUUGCUUUUGUUGAUCAGAGUCGCAAAGUUGAUGGAACAGAAGAAAAUUUUGAGGAAAAUAUUUUGCAAAAACAAGAGAGACAAACAUCAAAGGAGAGAUUUAUUCAAUUACUCAUAAGUAUCCCAGAGAGAUUGGCAAAUUGCCUACAAGGAAGUGUCCCAGAUAUUCUCACGCGACACAUUUGGAGUCAAAAGUUGAUUGUUCGUGUCCUUUUGGCACUGUAUUCAGUGGGAAAAAUCAAUUUAAACGAACAAAGGGAGGUAUUUUCAACACAAUUCCUCGCCGCAAUCUUCAGUCGUAUUGUCAUUGAUUACAAUUUUGAUAGAACUUCACCUGCAUUGGUGGCAAGUGUGGGAGUUUUGGAAGCAAUUGCCAGAGAAAGUUCCUCCCUGAAGGAGACAGUUGUUGAUUUUCUCGGGAAUCUCACGAGAAAUGCUACAGAAAUUUAUGCUGUGAUCAUUUUUUCUAACAGUGGGAAUGCAAAGGAAAUUCUUGGCAAUGGAAUUCUCAACAUUGAAGCUUGGAAAUUUGCUCUCUUGACCAAAAUUCCCCUCACAACGAUCACAAAAUCCUCAAAAAUUGCAGAGAAUCUCAUAAAUUUCCUCGGGGAGAUUUCUGAUGGGAAAACUAAGCGCUUUUUGCAGGAUUUAUUGGUGAAAAUUUGCAAUAGUUGGGCAAAUAAGGCAACAAUGGAACAUUCUUCCCUCGAUCAGCAUGUCUAUCUUACGAAAUUUCUCAUUUUAUCCGUGCUGAGGUUGAAGAGGAUGCAAGGAUAUAGAUUGAAGGAGGAUCAGAAGUUUCUCAAUGGGAUUAAGAAGAAGCUCAAUGUCGGAAUUCCUAAUCAUUUGCAUGCAAUGGAUGGAAAUUUGAGAGUUAUAGGAAUGAUCACAGCUGAAAUGACGAUCAAUGAGAUUGAGGAGGUUGAUGAGGAGGCCAAAUUGAAUUUUGAAGUUGAGAAAAUGGAGAAGAUUGAUAAGAAAUUGGUUGAAGAACUUCGACAAUUAAGAGAUCUUUCCUCAUCAGAUCGAUCUUCAAUUGAUCGCGCAUCUGAUCUUGCUGAAAUGAUUCAAAAGAUUGAAAAUUGUGGAGGAGAAAUUGUGAAAAAAGAGCAAAAUCACCCAAAACAAUCUCCGAAGAUUGAAGAAGCAAAAAUUAUUCCCAAAGCAGGAAGUUUAAAAGAAAUUCCAGAUGAAGAUGAUCUCGAUUCAGACGAUGAUCUCAUUCCCUACGAUAUGAGCAAUGAUGUUCCUGAGACGGAGGCCUAUGCUCCAAAAUAUCUCCUUGAUCUCCAAGAAGCUCUCAAUGAUGCAGAGAAUGCUGAUCGCUUCGAACAGAGUCUCGCUGUAUGCAGUGAUCUCAUCUACAGCCAACUUCCGGACAAUGAAGUCCAAUUGGGGUUAAAUCUCCUUCAAAUACUAAUAAAUCUCGAUGAGAAGACCUAUUGUGAGAAUUUUGAGAGGAAUCGCUUUUCCGGAUGCAUUGCUAUUUUCUGUGUUAUCCCCAAGGAGGCAGCUGAGCACAUCUGUCGUGAAUUUUAUGCUAAACAAACAAAUUAUUCCGUAAGCAGAAGGAUUCUUAUGUUGGAAAUUCUCGGAGAGGCUGCAAAGGAACUUUCGAAAGUUCAAAAAUCUCCAGAGAAGAAGGAAUCUGCCAAAGAACAGCCCAAGAGUGAGAAAAUCGUAAAGAAGUUUACAAUCUCAGAACCGGAUGCUCUGAAGGAGGCAAAGAAAGUAAUUGAGGAGAGAAUUCUCACAAAAACCCGCAGAUUUGCGAGGAAAACUCAAACUACAGUGGGGGCAGCUAAUCGUUUUGCCCCCGUUGCGGGUUCCUUCUUCUGGCCACUCUUGCAUGGAUUUGGACGCAAUCAGCUGGCAAUGGAGGCAGGAGGGAAGUUGAAGCAAGAGACGGAUGCCGUCCUGCUUGAGGCAUUCAUUAAAACUCUCUCAGUUUUGAUGAUUUCCUCGCAGAAUUGUCCCGGAAAUGCAAAAUUUGCAGCAGAACUAUUCGCCUUGGGGGCUGUUUUGCGCUUCCACAGCGACGGGGCUGUACGUCUGGCGGUUUUGCAGAUGAUUGGCUCGAUUUUCAUGACAUUGCCACAGGAUGUGCUGAAAAGGGACUUUCAGGAUUAUUUGUUGGAGCUCAUUGGAUGGCUGACAGAGCGUGUGGGGAAUAAUAUUGCAAAGAAGGAUCCAAAUGAGGAGUGUAGGGCCCUGGGGAGGCAUAUCCUUGUCUUUUGUACGAAUUUAUUGAAAGAGAUCCAGUGAAUGUCCUUUAGGGUUUACGAAAGUGUCUGAUUAAUUGAUUUUUGCGCUGUUUUAUUUGUAAUUUUCUAAAAUAUGAAAAAUGUAAAAUUUUGUUAAGAAUAAAAUGCAGAUUUUUCGUGUA